AAGACAUGCCAAGAUCGACGGAAUAACUCCUAUCAGCGUUAUCCUCGACCAUGACUCCACUAGGCAACAUCCAACAUCCUUUCCCAAAUGUUCGGGGCUCGUGGGGACAUCCCAAAUUGAAGCCCCCAAGCUUGCGUGUCGCUAAAGCAUCGCAUCGCCACUGUCGAUCGGGGCCGCGACUCCAGGCUACCAUACUUAGUGUCUCUGGCCGUCCAACGAUCGCCGCCUUUUCCUUCUGGUCUGGCUGGAUCCCGCAGGCGCCUAAAAUAAGAACCCAACCAACCUAUUUGAGCUACAUCAAUCUCACCUGCAUCCGUGCUUUUUUUUUUUUUCAUUUUUAUCUGCCCUUUACCUCUCGACUUCUGCGGUUCUCCUUUGGUUCGGCUUCUUAUCGUAGUCCAUUGAUUCCAUCCAUCUCGUUCAUCAUGAAGCGCAUCUUCACUUCCAUGCGACGUCCUAGUUUCGUGCGGGAGAGCGCGCCCGCAUAUCCAGAGGAUGCCCCGGAAGCAGUCGUCUUGAGAGAAUUGAUGGCAUUCUGCCAGUCUGGAAACGGACCCAACAUUGCGCAUGGCACGGAAUUCGUUCACCUCCCGGGAGUCGUCGAGAGCGCCGAGUCGAGCCCCAAUGCCGCCAAGGAGGCGGCGCAUCGCAUCCGCAAACUGCUGGCCGAUCCUGCGUCGUCAUCCCCCAAUGUCCAGUACAAUGCCAUCAUGCUGAUGCGCAUCCUCAUCGAGAACCCGGGCCAUACCUUUUCGCGAAACCUCGACUCCAAGUUCGUUACCACCGUGCGGGACUUGUUGCGACAGGGCAAGGACUUGUAUGUGAAGCAAUUUCUGUCGGAGACACUGGACACGUUGGAGACGCAGCGACCGUGGGAUGAGGAUCUGGGGUUGCUGUUGGGUAUGUGGAGAAAGGAAAAGGCCAGUCCCAAGUGGCGCAAUAACGCUUCCAGUGCACCACCUCCCAUCCCGCCGAGAGACCCGAACGUCCCUGUCAUCCACCGCAGUUCACCGGGACUCCCGCCGCCCGAGGAACUUGCCUCCCGGGUCGCCGAGGCGAAGACGUCAGCCAGCCUUCUCACCCAGUUCGUGCAGUCGACGCCCCCGGCGGAGUUCCUGGACAACGAACUCAUCAAGGAGUUCUCCGAUCGUUGCCGCAAUGCGUCGCGCGCCGUGCAGGAUUACAUUCACGGGUCCAACCCGCCUCCUGACGAGGACACCCUGGCGACCCUGAUCGAGACGAAUGAUGAGUUGUCGGUGGCCCUCUCGAAAUACCAGCGAGCUAUGUUGCAGGCACGCAAGGCGCUAGGACAGUCCGGGAGCCAGUCUCCAGCAUCAUCCAAUGAUGCCAGUGGUGCCUCGGGCGCCUCUCGACCGGUCCCCGCACCACCUGCUCCGCCGCGCGAAGUGCACAGCAUCCCUGCCCUUCAGCCGGUGCCGGCUUCGCAGGGACCAGCGACGUACGAACCACCUUCGCACAGCCCGCCGGCUUCGUAUAGACCGGCGUCGCCGGGGCCAACUGCCCACGAAUUGGAUUCGCCUGUGUCGCCGCAUGGUCAGACUGCGUACGGUGUGGUCCCAGCGCCGGUGGGCACAGGUGCCACGGGCGCUGGUCCGAAUCGGUACGAAUAUCGGUCGGAGGAUUUCCAAGUGCAAAACCCAUUCGCCGAUAGCUACGCUACUAAUGCAGGUCCGCCAGGCACUGCAGGGAACCUACCAGCGGACGGGACAGCACCUGCGCCUGGGUUGUGGAACAGCGCGCAUCCACCGACGCAACGCACUACAUGAGCUGCAGGAUGAUGUACAUAUCAGCAGCAACAGUUUUCUUUUUUUCUUUCUUUGCCCCCCUUUUUUGCUAUAUUCUUUCUUACUCGCCAUAUGUCUCCGUGUGAUGAUCGAUGUUCUUUUACGAUUUCUGUAACUAUCUUUGCGUUUUGUCUCUUGGUUCAAGUGAUACCUCCUGCAGAUUAGCGUUAACUACUUGAGCAAUACCCUGGCUCUCAUUUAACUUUAUUCCUCCUUGAUACACUCAUAUCCGACCCCGGCAAUCUAGCUCCUCUCUAGUCUUCCGGCAUUUCACAUCACCGACAACCGAAUUGUCUAAUUAUCCGAUGUGAUAAGGGGUUGAUUGGACGCCUGCGGAGGGAGCUUGGAC